UCGUUUGACUUCCAUGGCCCACAGCACUUACGGCAUUUCCUUCUAGAGCGAAACAUGAUGACAGCCUCCAAUAUACCAAUUACUAGCUACAGUCUCACCAGAUGUCUUGGCAGUUGAUUAUUCACAUGACUCUUUGUGGUGCUUUGCUCUUUGCGUGCGCCAGUCCAACGAUUUUGGAGCUGACGAAUGUUUUAAGCGCUAAAACAAGGUUGAGCGAGACAAAGUGGGUUCAUGUCAACUUCCAACUCUUUGUGAAAGCACGAGUAUUGGGACAUCGUCAUCUCAGCUGCGUCUCAGUGAGCAGCCACGACGCUGGUGAGAGGAUGACAGUGGACAGCGAGGUAUUGGAAAAUGCGAAUGGGCCUUUUGAGAACUUGCAUAACUUCCAAAGCCUUCAUCUGCCUCCCUGCACGUGCAUACGUAACGCUGGCCACCUCCAAUGGAGUCUUGCCCUGAAUGCCAAGCAACGCUUCUGCAAGACCGUCGUCAAGGGGCUCAGCGUGCGGAUAUGGUCGAGUUGUGGAGAAGUUCUCAUGGCUACACGGCCCAUGGGAAUCGACAUGAUUGUCUAAUAUAAAUCAGAGAAACAUCACCUUCAUUCCAAAUCUCGAAAUUCCUCA